AUGAAUAUCCCACCAUUAACUCAUAGGAAUAAUAAAACAGUCAUCAAGUUCCUCCUUAAGUUCACGUCCCAAAAAGUCGUCAGACCAUCAUUAAAAGCGUUUUUAUUUGCUUAUUUAUAUAUAACGGUACCUAAAAUUAUCAAUAAUGUAAUGAUCUCGGUGAAAAAUCGGGACUAUAAGCAAUUGAUUCAUCGUACAAUGAAAAUAAUCACCAAGGCGUUCCAUCCUAUGAAAUUCCCGAUGUUUUCUGCUAGUUUAAUAGCUAUAAUCAAUGUUUUAGAGCCUUUAAUAGCCCGUUUUUUACAAGGAAAGAAAGGUUUCAAUAAUCCUUUGAAAACUCUUUUCUUAUCAACCUUCAUAUCAUCGUUUAUUGCUGCUUGUACGGCAUUUCCAGGGUUUCAAAAACAUAUUUUAAGUUAUGGUAGAUUUACCUCCCUUGAUUUGACCCUUUUGAUGUUUAGUCGAGCCUUGGAUACAACUUUAUCAUCAACUUUAAGUACUGUGCUACCAUCAAUGCUUCAACCUUUCGGAGAUGCCCUUUUGUUUAUCACUUCUUGUUCUUUCAUCAUGUACUGUUGGUUUUUCCAUCCUUCUCGUUUACCUCCAGCUUAUAGGAAAUGGAUUACAUCUGCUGCUAAUAUGGAUGAAGAGAUUGUUCUGUUAUUAAGAAAUUUACAUUUUGGUGAUGAUAAAUAUGGUCAAAAGUCAAAUACUUUAACUACUUAUUGUCACCGUUAUGAUAAAAAUCCUCAAGUUGGUGACCUAGUGACUGUUCAACCGGUUCCUUGUGAAGUGGUUCAUGCUUUUCAAACCACCAAUUGUGAACUUCAUGCUUUAUGGAGAUUCAAAAGAGGGUUCGAAUUCGCGUUUAGAUUAUAUGGAGGCAUAAAUCUUGUAAUGUUACUUGUACCUAAGAAGAUUCCUAUGAUUUUAAGACUUAGGAAAGCCAUUAUACUGACGGUGAGAUCAUCGAGUUUCUUAGGAGGAUAUAUCGCACUUUAUUGGUACGCUGUGUGCUUAGCAAGGAAACGUCUUUUACCUAAGAUGUUUCCUGAAGUUCCUAACACCCGUUGGGAUAGUACUAUAGCUCCAACAGCUGGUGCGAUUGCAUGUGGAUUCAGUGGAUUUAUCGAGACAGCUCAACGUCGUAAAGAAUUGGCCCUAUUUGUGUUACCUCGAGCUAUAGGGACAUUAGUUCCUACAGAGUUAUCAGAGACGAAUAUCUUAAUUGAAAGAUUAGUAUUUGCAUUGAGUAUGGCGACAUUGAUGGCUUAUUGUAAGAGGGAUCCCGGGAAAGUAAGGGGAAUUUUCGGUAAAGGAUUAAAGGCAGUGAUGAGUAUUUGA